UACUAUUCCGACAGCGAUUUGCGAGCACAGUAUCGUUUCGGUAGAGAAGCAAUUUUGAACAUCGUCCGCCUUAUUGAAGAGGAAAUACGUCCUGCAACAAACCGAAGCUUUCCAAUUUCGGCAACAAAUCAAGUGUUGAUAACAUUAAGAUUUUUGGCAACAGGCAGUUUCUUGCAAGUUACAGGAGACACGAUAGCUGGGGCAGAUAAGUCUACCGUUAGUCGUAUUGUUCGUCGAGUAACUUUGGCAAUCGCUCGUAAACUUGAUGAUUUCGUAAAAUUCCCGGGAACACAACACGAGAAAGCCCUCAUCAAACAAGGAUUUUACGACCUUGGAGGUUUUCCAUGCGUUAUCGGAUGUGUUGACGGGUCCCAUAUUAGGAUCAUAGUUCCAUCAGCAAACGAGUGCAAUUUCGUCAACAGGAAAGGAUAUCAUAGCAUAAACAUACAAGGGAUCUGUGACCACAAAGGUUUGUUUAUAUCAAAGCAGGAUAAUUUAAUACUAGUGUGAAACGCACCACAUUCGUUCACACUAUUCUAGCACAAUAUUCAGCAUCAGCAAAAAUUCCUUUGAUUUUGUAAAAUUUCCUUAAAUGUGUCUGGGGAGUGUUCAUUAUUUAUGGUUGGGGGGGGGGAUUGAAAUCAUGGGAGAGGGGGGAGUUUGGCAUUUGUUUUUUGGGGGGUCACCAGAGUUUGAGAAGUAAUUGGGGGGGGGGCUCAUGGAAGCAGAAAGCUUUAGUUCUGUGACAAUGUUUUGACCUCCAACAUACCCAGUAAAUUUUAUGCCGAAAAUAGGCUUUUACUUGUUUUUACUUUUUAGGCCCUUUUUUGAACCAAAAUUUCCAACAAUUUUCCAGAAAUGUGAGCGGGACAGUUGCCCACCACCCCCACCAAACUUGUUGUAAAUAUAGGCCUAGAGGCCUGCUAGCUUUUUCUCUCAUUGAGCUUUAAUUGCAUAUGGUACUAUAGGGAAAUUUCUCAAUGUUGUCGCAAAAUGGCCUGGUGCAACCCAUGACAGUCAUAUCUUCAGAACAUCAGCAAUGGACCUUUCACCUUUUGACUAAAAUUUAGAUCUUAACAAGUCUAGACAAAAAUUUUAUCACAGCUUGAAAGAGCAUCACAAAAUUAGUAAUAUUCCAAAGUUUCAUUGCGAAAUGUUGUAAGAUGCGGAUAAUAUAGCCUUGCGAAGUUUGCCAUUUUCAGUCAUUUUGUAUUACGCGCGGGAAAUACAUACCUCCUUCGGAAAAAGGGUAUGUAUUUCCCGUUUGUAAUACAAAAUGACUGAAAAUUGCAAACUUCGCAAGGCUAUAUUAUCCGCAUUUUACAACAUUUCUCAACGAAACUUCGGAAUAUUACUAAUUUUGUGAUGCUCUUUCAAGCUGUGAUAAAAUUUUUGUCUAGACUUGUUGAAAUCUAAAUUUUAGUCAAAAGGUGAAAGGUCCAUUGGGCUGGCACUAGAAGGAACAACAUUGGAUGAUGGUGUUCUUCUUGGUGAUAGUGGGUAUCCAUGUUUACCAUAUCUUAUGACACCAUACAACAACCCCAUCACCGUACAGCAACGGCGAUUUAAUCGAGCACAAAAAUGCACAAGAUCUUCGAUUGAAAGAGCUUUUGGCAUCUUAAAAAGAAGAUUUCAUCUCUUGCAUUCAGAGAUUCGAAUGGCCCCAGACAGAGUUUGCACCCUUGUUGCUGCAUGUUGUGUGCUUCACAAUAUUGCCAUUGAUUACAAUGAACCAAUGGGGUAUCAUGACGAGGAUGAAGACCAAGUAGACCUUGGCAAUAACUAUCAAGGUGCAAAUAGGGGAGAUGCUGUCAGAAGCCAUAUUACAAACACAUAUUUUUAA